UUUCAUGUCAUAUGAACUGUGAUAGAUUCGAUAUGUCAGGUUUUGUUUAUCAUUCGUUCCAUUAUAUUGGAUUUUAGGGUUUAGUAGGUAUCACAUUAUUGAGUAUCGUUUUGAUAAUUUUUUUGAUUAAUUUUGCAUGAAAAUAAUGUUUGGAGCUCUGGUGGUUAUUUCCUGUUAGUACCUGAAAUCAGGAUGAUUUUAUUUAUGAAGGGAAGUAUUAGGAUCUCCUUGAAUCUCAUUGGUAUUUACUCGGGAUUUGUUUUUCUUCCUGUAAUUUGGAUUUUGCUUAAUUUGAGUUUUAUUCAAUUGUAGAUAAUGGGCAAGGAACGUAAGAAAAGUAGUAGUAGUAGAAGAGAGGAGAAGGAUUAUGGAAGCAGGGAUAGAAGAGAAGAUGUAGAGGAACCUGAGAAAGAAAAGAUUAGAGAUAAGGUUGUUAAGGAGAAAGAAUAUGAUCAAAAGGAGAAAAGUAGUAGAGAUAGAGAAAGAGAUAGGGAUAGUAGAACAAAAGAUAAAGAUAUAGAAAAGGAGCAUCAUGAUCGAGGGCGAGAUAGAAAGGAGAAAGAACGGGACAGGGAUAGAGAGAAGGAACGAGAUAGGCCAAAGGAAAGAGAAAGAGAGAAACAUAAAGACAGAGAGAGGGAGAAGGAGAAGGAGAAAGAACGCGUUAAUAAGACAGACGAAGAGAAGAGUAGUAGAGAAAAGGAUAGAGAUAAAGAGAAAGAGAUUGAUCGCGAUAAUAAAGAGAGGUCUAAAGAUAGAGCCAUUGGAAGAAGUCGUGAAGAUGGCCAUGACAGAAGUAAGGAUGGUAGAAAGGAUGAGAAGCGAAUUGAACAAGACGACAGUGACGACAGCUAUAAGGAGCUGAAACAAAAGAAUGAAACGGCAUCAGCGGGAGUACACUCAUCAACUUCACAACCAAAGGAGCGUAUGCAAGAAAUGAAAGAAGAAAGGUUGAAGAAGAAAUCUGAAAGCGUUUCUGAAGUUCUGUCAUGGGUUACUAAAAGCCGCAAGCUCGAGGUGAAAAAAGUUUCCGAGAAAGAGAAAGCUUUACAACUCAAAAAGGUUUUUGAGGAGCAGGAUAACAUUGAGGAAGUAGAAAGUGGAGAUGAAGGCCAGGCUCAGCACCUAUCAAAGGAUCUAGCGGGAGUAAAAAUUCUUCACGGACUUGAUAAAGUAGUUGAAGGUGGAGCAGUUGUUUUGACUUUGAAGGAUCAGAGUAUACUUGCUGAUGGGGACCUUAAUGAAGAGGUUGACAUGCUUGAAAAUGUGGAGAUUGGAGAGCAGAAACUAAGAGAUGACGCAUACAAGGCUGCUAAGAAAAAGACUGGAGCAUAUGAUGACAAGUUUGAUGUUGAUGACAUGUCUCAAAAGAAAAUGCUUCCCCAGUAUGAUGAUCCAGUUGAUGAUGAGGUGGUAACAUUGGAUGCAAGCGGCCGUUUUACUGGUGAAGCAGAGAAAAAGCUAGAGGAGCUUCGUAAAAGAUUACAUGGUGUCUCCACAAGCAGUCGUUUUGAAGAUCUAACAUCUUCAGGUAAAAUUUCUUCGGACUACUAUACCCAAGAAGAGAUGCUUCAAUUUAAAAAGCCCAAGAAGAAAAAAUCUAUGCGGAAGAAAGAGAGGUUGGAUUUGGAUGCCCUUGAAGCAGAAGCUAUCUCUGUUGGGUUGGGUAUUGGCGAUCGUGGUUCCAGAAAAGACGGGAAGAUGCAGUCUGCUAAGGAAGAACAAGUGAAAUCUGAGGCACAGAAAAGGAGUGAUGCAUACCAAUCUGCGAUUGCGAAGGCAGCAGAGGCAUCUGAAGCAUUGCGUCUUGAGCAAGUUUCAAUAGUUCCUGUGGUUGAAGAUGAAAGCCCUGUUUUCGGGGAUGAAGAUGAUGAACUAUACAAAUCAUUAGAGAAAGCUAGAAAUCUAGCUUUAAAAGAGCGAAAUGCUGCAUCUGGCGCUCAGGCAGUUUCUUCAGCUGUUACUGCGAGCAACAAGUUAGCCGAAAGCCAAAUGCCCUCUACUGAGGAAGCAGAAGAUGACAAGGUUGUCUUCACAGAAGUAGAGGAGUUUGUUUGGGGUCUUCAGCUUGAUGAAGAAGCUGAUAAACCCGAAGGUGAAGAUGUUUUCAUGGAGGAAGAUGAAAUCCCCAAGUCUUCUGAUCAGGAAAUAAAAGAUGUCGAGACAGGUGGUUGGACAGAAAUGAAUGAUGCCAAUGAAGAUGAGCGCUUGACUAACGAGGAGAAAGAGGAUACUGUACCAGAUGCGACCAUCCAUGAAGUUGCUGUUGGUAAAGGUUUAUCAGCUACACUUCAGCUCCUUAAAGAAAGGGGAACGCUUAAGGAUACCGUGGAAUGGGGGGGCAGGAACAUGGACAAGAAGAGAAGUAAGCUGGUGGGUAUAUACGACAAUGAUGGGUCAAAGGAAAUUCAGAUCAUCAGGAGAGAUGAAUUUGGUAGAAUUAUGACUCCAAAAGAAGCUUUCAGGAAUAUCUCUCAUAAGUUCCACGGAAAAGGCCCGGGCAAAAUGAAGCAAGAAAAACGCCAGAAACAGUAUCAAGAAGAAAUGAAGUUGAAGCAGAUGAAAAAUUCCGACACACCCUCCCAGUCAAUGGAGCGAAUGAGGGAGGCGCAAGCUCGGAUGAGGACCCCGUAUCUUGUACUAAGUGGGCAUGUCAGGCCAGGGCAAACUAGUGAUCCAAGUAGUGGUUUUGCCACUGUCUCAGACCUUCCUGGUGGUGGCUUGACACCCAUGCUUGGCAACACCAAGGUUGAGCAUUUCCUAGGAAUCAAGCGCAAGGCUGAUACCAGUGACAAAGAUGAUUCUACUAGCAUGGGUCCUCCAAAGAAGCCUAAGAACUGAUAUUAUGGUCACAGAAAAGUGCGGUGGAUCAGAAAUUUCAGACUGCACAUUGAGGAGUCCCUCACAUCCUGAGAUUUUAUUUGCCCCAAAGCGACUCGAGAAAAAUAUUACCCCAUCAGUAAAAAGUCUACCACAAGAAGUAUAUUUUUUUUAUGUAUGGCCCGAUCAUUCCGCGUGUCGACUACAUUACGAAUACUACAUAAGAUAUUGUGUAGGAUUUCCAACUUAUUCAAGUUGCUCUUUUUAAUUUCAUAUUGAAUAUUGAAUUCAUGACUCAUCUUUUAACAAGAUAUUCUCAAAUUCUCAUCCAAA